UUCAACUACAAAUCACAACAACAAGACCAGGUUUGUAGUAAAAGUGCAGUCAAAAAUUUCUCGUACGUUUUAAAGACGUUAAACAUGUAAGAUUAAUUGACAUAUUUCUGUUUAUCACUUCUUAAUUUGUGCUUAAAAAAGGGAGAAAGUUAAGUGAUAUUAUUUGAGUAACCUGCUUAUAUAAACUUAUUCGUAAUCUGACUUCGACCACAAGCAAGAUGGCAAACGUUAUGGUUGCGCAAAAACCAAUUACUGACGUAAAGAAGCAAAAUCAAGUCGACGAAGAAAGUUCGAACUCGAAGCGAAUAGCAUCCCCGUACAUCGCUCAGCUUGCAAGAAACUCAGCCCGCCGCUGGAGAUCGAAGCAUGAAGCGAUCAUAAAUAAAAGAAUCGAGAAGGUAAAAGCAGAACGCAAGAAACGUUUGCGAGAGAUGAACUUUCCACAAAACAGGAUCGUGCCUUUAGAUGUGUUGGCACGAGAGUGGUUGGACGACAAUCCAGUAGGAAUGGAACAAAGAAUUUAUUUGAUUGAAAAUUUAUUCCCUUCUCUUAUUAUGGGCUUGGAGAAAUUACUCACAGAAGUAGAGAAACGUGAACUAGUCGAGAAAAACACUGUUGCAACGUUUAAUCCAGUAAACUACUUGGCACAGUACCUCAUGAGAAACAAUCCAAGAUAUAGUAACUUUCCAGAGGCUUCUCCAUACGCCAAAGGUUUGAGGAAAGUUGCUGAGGACUUGAAGAGUGAGAUUUAUGAAAUAGAUUCAAAUCAGUUGGCCAUAUUGAAAUCAAGCGUGCAAGUGAAACGGAUGGAGAGAGAAAAAAUGGAACGAAUGAAAGGAGAGGAACUUGAUAGAAGAAGUCUGCUGCUUGAGAAUAUGUUUGUCAAUUGGGCACAGAAUGAUGGCACCAUAUCGUUAAGUAUGGUUCAAAAUGCAAUAUGCUCAUUCCGAGAACGCUCUGAAGCUUUGCCUAAGGAAAUAAGAAGAGAGGCGUAUUUUGCCAUGGAUCCGCCUAAUUUUGAAUCACAAGGAGCACUUCUUGGAGUUCAUGAAUUCAAAGAGAUUCUGAACACAUGUACCAUAAGCCUUUCAAAUCCUGCAUUUGAAAAGUUCUUGGAACAUUUUGCCCAGUGUGCCUAUGACUUCCAACAGGCUGCAGAGAGAGUGACUAUUAGAUAUGCAUUUAAAGCACUCUUUCUGGCGUGUGACCACGAUGCGGUUGGAGUGUUGGACAGACACAGAGUGUUAGAAAUCUUGGGCAAUUACUACGACAGCUCAACUCAGGAAAUUAAAAUGACGUUGCGAAAUCCAAGAAAAUGGCCUAUUGUCGAUAUUGAGGAGUGUGAGGAUUUCGCGUUGGCUGAAGAGCAAAGAAAAGGGGAAUUACUUAAAGAAGCCACUGAAACUUCUGACCCAAACGAACACAAACAACCCGAAGUGUUACCUCUAGAUACAGAAGAAAAAGAGGAAGAAGUGCCCUCGAAGAUUUCGGAGACGAUAAUGGCGGAGGUGAAAGAAGGGAAAGAAGACACAACGAAGGUUCACGAAGACUUGCAGGACGACAAAACUAAGGACGACGUCUUGGAAAAGAAAGAUGAGACUCAGAAAGAUUCAAGUGAAGGUCAAUUAAAAUUGGAAGAAGAAGUUCAGGACAAGAUCGAAGAUAACAAGAAAGUCAGACCCAAACAAUCUCUGGAAUUCUCUGAAGACGAAAUGUCAUCAUCAAGUCACUCGAUCAUUACCGAGGAGCGGCCACAAUCCGUGAUGACCGGAUCCGCAUUUGAUAAAAAUCUUCUCAACCAAACACAGUUUGUCAAUCUUUGUGAACAGUUCCUGGGAGACGAACCUCUGAGGUCCGCUCUAGACAGUUUGGUGAGGUUUAUCAAAGCCAGCUACAGUGAAACGGACGAAGAACGAUUUGCGCGUCAGGAAAAGGCUCGUAAAGAAGCUCGCCUGAGCAAACGCAAGCACAUGGUUGAUCAACUUUUCGAUUUCUGGGACGUGGACAGAUCUGGUACAUUGAAUUUCCACGAAGUUAUCGAGAUCUUGUCAAGGUGGAAAGAUAUUUCAGCGCAGCCUCUAUUCCAAGAAUGUAAGGAAUAUAAAAGCAUUCUUCCUAGCAUUACAUGCUCAGAGCUGCAUGAAUACAUCGAUGCAAUCUGCACAUCGUGCUUUCCACAUGAAGAUCCGUUUGAACCAAUUGUGAUAUUCCUGCAUACAAGUAUAGAGAGAACAUUUGAAGAGAGAAAGCGUGGUGAGGCAAGAAAAUCGUGGUUAAAAGACAUUGAUUUAGCAGCCAAGAGCAGUGGUGGUGUUGUUGACGUCAUUUACGAAGCAGUAUUUCGAGCGUUAUUCAAAGACGCUGAAGCUCAUGGCCGAGGCAAGGUCAUAAGCGCUUCAAUUGCGUUGUUGGAGGAUAAUUUAAAUCCGGAGAAACAACAUCGGGGGGAGACAUUACUCCGCUACGUCGCUGCGACGCCUAACGAUGCUGCCUUCGUGUUAAAGAAAUGCUUGUAUCGAGAUAUGAGAUGCGCCAGUUUUACCGUCGUGGAUUCUGGGAAGCCGAUACAUGUAACAAAAGUUAGUAGUCACCCUGGGGUGUACCUGUGGAACCCUGCAAGAAAAGAAACGGGCGCCUGCGGAUCGUUGAUUAUUCUUCCAAUAAAAGAUUACCAGAAAACAGUGACGGGUGUCAUGGCUGUCGAUACUUUAGACGAUCCAAUGGAAAAGUCUGUUUUUAUCACACACGAAAUUAGUUUUUAUCAGGGUGUUGUGAAAGCUCUCAGUCAAGGAAUGCAGUUUAUCGCCGUCAGCAGUAAAACUGUUAAAAUUGCUGACUCGGCAUUAUCAUGGAUACAUCGUCGAACCCAGAGUGUUCAGAAUAGUAAUUUCUAUCUCGUUGAACCAGGACUUCAUCCAGCAGAUGGUUUGGUAUUAAGAAGAAUGUUUGCUAUAAAUUAUGAGAGAAAGCGAGAAUAUUUCACCGAUAGAGAAAGACUGAAUCGCAAAGAUAACUUAUUCAGGGACUAUCUCUUCAAAUGCGUGGAAAGUUCGGAGCCAAUCACCGCAGAUGCCUAUGGCGAGCGCCAUCUUGCUUUUCCAAUACGUGGACAAGAUGGCGUUGCCAUAGCAGUCGCUGACAUCAGCAUUGGUGAUGUCAAACUUUUACCUGAACAUGAAAUGAACGAAAUUCAGAAGAUGCUUCGGUUACUUGCCGUGGCCCAUCGGGAAGUCGCGGAAGAGGUCGCCGGUAGAGAGAAGAAUAUUGUCCUCGAGGUCGAAAAGCAAAAUGAUGAAUUCCGAAUUCAAAUUAUGUUUGACCGGCUCUUGUUAACCGACUUACGAGACAACGUGUCAAGACUGGAUGCGAGGGCAUUCGCCGAAAUCAAAAGUUACAAAGAUCCGCCAAAAGUUGUGCAUGAUAUUCUGAAGACCGUGCUGGGAAUAUUUUCGAUCGAACAAGAAGAGAAACUGGAGAACUGGCCGACGUGCAAACAAUUUAUUAAUAACGAUCUCGUGAGAAUGAUCACAGAUUAUGAUCCAACUGCAGCUUCGUCCUUGGGAAAGGUCGAUGGCAAGAAAUUGUCUGAAAACCUGGAAGGAAUUUCACAUGGCAGUGUUAGCAAGCAAGGUUCGCUUCCUGCCCAAUAUCUCUUCAACUGGGCUUUUGUUUGUCUGUCCUUGGUUGAGCACACCGCGAAGAUGAGACAGAACGCUCGAGUUCGUGUAAAAGAGGGUGCAAAAAAGACACGAGGAACACCUUCACCAAGUGAAGAUUCUGCCUUGAGUGGAGGCGCCAGCUUAUCACCGGAACCAAAGGGAAAAUUAAAAACAAUUGUUAAGAAUUAAGAUUCUUAUAAGAUAGCAAAAAUGUAUAUAUCCUAUUUUAAUUCCAAUAAUUUUAAUAUUUUUA